GCCUCUUGAUAAGCCAAUAAAGAAAUAUUCCAAAUCAGUGAUAAAUUAAUCACACUCUUGUUCAAGACAAGGGGAGAUCAAAGGAAUAAAGUCCAAAUUUAGUUAAGGUGUACCUUUUUGGAGUUGAUACUUGGGAAAGACAGCUUAGCCAGCCAGAGCUAAUGUCCAGCUACCUGUACAAAAGUAAAAGUCUCCUGUUGUUAGAGCAUGUUGCUAGGGAGGGUCAUUGCCCUUGUUGAUGAGCAAGAUGAUCUUCCGGGCUGCUGCAUGGCUUUUGCCACUGCAGAUAAAAGUAGCCUUUGCCUCAGCAGGAUCUAAUUGCCCCCAGGUCUUUCGAGAGUUAUUUUAGAUCAGUAGAGUUACCUUUCCCAUACCCAACACUCUGAUAGUCCUCACAAACUCACUAUUUAUAGUACAGAUAUCCCCUUGCCAUAGUUGCUUCUUCGCAUGUUUUUUUUGAUAAGCAACUGAACUUCUAAGUUCUUAUCAGUGAAAAGAGACGAGAUGAUAACAUCCUAGCACACCUUACUUUGUUCUUAUAUCAAAACAAUUCUUUUUUUAAACAACUUUUACUUCUAAAACAACUUUUUUUUUGUUUUUGUCAUAAAUGGAUGGAUUAAAACAAUUCUCUUAGGUUGUAAAUAAGUAGAUUUGAAAUCAUGUCAAACCAAUACACAGCAUAACUUCUCUACAAUAUCUUUAUUUCCCAAGUUUUUAAUUCCUAUGCUAUGUCCAACUUAAUUUAAAAUGUAUUUUUCAUUGAUAUUUUAUAUAGAGUAUUUUCACUCUUUAUAUCCAGGGAACAUUUUUUUUUAAGUUAAGUAGUCAUUGACAGUUUUAAAUUAAGGAAGUUUAAUAGGACUAUCAAUCCUAGUUUUAUAAUUAAUGGUUCAAUGUAAUCUUGAAAAAAUACUCUUUUGGUUUUAAAAUUUAAGACUAAAUAAGUCAACUGAAUUAUUAAUUAGUUUUAUUAUGUAGAGGAAGGAACUGAAAGAUGAAGUUUGUGUCUUUGCUUCUCAACUAACUCUAUUUUUGUGAAAUUACUUAACCUUGUGUCAGUUACUUCCAUCUUAAUGGAAGAUUAAUAACGAUUACCUUUGAAUAGUGUACACUUUAUAUUCAGGAUCAUUUCUGAUGCUUCACAUCUAAAUAUGUACAAUGCAUUUUGUGAAUCUGUGUUUUAAAGUCAAGUAAACUUUUUACUACAAGUAAAAUAAAUUUUACACUGAUCUAUAGAAAAUUAAUUUAACAUCCUACUAGGUUUUAUUAUUUAAGUGAUUUAAAACAAGUUACCUGACUUCUAGGCUUCCUAAAUAAUGAUAUUUUUUAAGUUUAUUGAGGAUGGAGACCACGAGUUAAAAAAAUAUUUUUUUCUCAGUAUUUAGUACAUUGUAGAGAGAAGUUGUUGACUGAAUAUAUUGUUCAAGGUUUGCCGUUACUCAGUAUUUUAGUUGUCUCAUCUUAAAAUAGAUAAUCAUUUUUGCUUGUGUACUCUUUAUAGAAAGACAUAGAAAUAAAGCCCUUUAUGACUGGAGAUGGUAGUAUUUUGAUUUCACUGUUUUUGAAAAGUCACUAUUUCAUAAGGUACUUCUUUAACAUUAUUUGUCUCUAGUGAGACUAAUAAGUUAAUAAGAGCUUUGGCUUAAAUGCUGGGCAGGAAAACAGAAGAGGGAAAUAGACGGUAAUGAUAAAGGAAAGAAAAUGCACAUAUUCUGGGGAUAGAAUAUGUUACCAGCAUCUAUGUCACUUAAUAGUGGCAUUUUGACAACUUUUGCUUACCUCUCACCUCCUCAUUGCUGCAGAAUUUUUCACUUAGAAGAAAGAGGAAAACCUCAGGAAGCUGCAUAUGUAAAGAGAAGACAAAACAAAACCACAAGUUUUUUCAUUUGUUUUCUGAGAGGAAUAAUAAUGCAUUUGAACACUUAUUUUCCUAUUUCAAAGUACUAAGUAUAACAUGCAUCAUUUCACUUAGUUUUCAACCACACCAAUGAGGUGGAUGCUAUUGUUUCAGUUUCACAGAUGGGAAAAUAGAUUCAUGGAGUUAAGUGGUUAAUCUUCAAUUACAUAGGUAGUGAGUGGCAGAUAAAGAUUGCUGACUCAAAAAGUGUUUUCUUUCUACUGUGUUGUAAAUGCUAUAUUUAGAAAAAUAGCAACAGCAGGCAUAAGACUCUGUUAAACAAAUACAGCACCAAUACAACUAUACUUGUUAAGGAGUCUGGUAAUACAAAACAGAAAAAGGUGAAAGAUAAAAGAGAGACAAAGGGCAAAGAACAGGAAAGAAGCACAGCAUAAUGGGAAAGAAUGUAGUUUCUGAACUUAGACUGCCUGGGUUUGAAUUCUAACUCUCCCACUUAUUAACUUUGUAUUUGGUUAACUUCUCUGUGCCUUGUAUCCUUAUUUAUAAAAUGAGGAUAGUCAUAGUAACUUAGAGUUGAGGAAUAAAGGUAAAGCACUUACCUUUAAAUGUUAAAACCUUUUUCACUUUAUGGAGUUUGCUCUGUGUGUGUGUGUGUGUGUGUGUGUGCUUAUGUGCGAAAUACAACAUCCAUUCAGAAAAUUGCAUAAAACACGUAUAUAAUUAUAAAGCAAAUGACCAUAUAACCAGAAUCAAGUUGAAAAAUACAACAUUGCCAUCACCUUGUAAGGUCCUCUCCUGUCCCUUCCUAUCACAACCACUUAUUUUACCUGCCUAGAGCAGGGUUUCUCAACCUUGGAACUAUUGACAUUUUGGACUGAAUAAUUCUUUGUUGUAGGAGGCUGUCUUGUUCAUUGUAGGAUAUUUAACAGCAUCCCUAGUCUCUACCCAUUGGGUCUAAUAGCACUUCUCCCAGUGAUAAAAACCAAUUGGGUGAGAUCAAAUGCCUCUCUAUACCCCUCUACAACUCUACCUGCUAUGUACAGAGUAGACAGUAGGCGCAUAACGGUAGAAGGAGGGAGCUCCAUCAGAAAACUGUUGUAGAAAUCUUGGUAACAAAUGAUGGUGGCCAGACCCUGGAUAUACUUGAAGAGAAAGCCAACACUAUUUUCCUAAUGGAUUGAAUGGGCACUGAGAAAAAGAAGUCAUGAAUACUUAUAAGGAUUUUGGCCUGAACAGCUAGAAGGAUGGAGAUGCCAGCAAUUGAAAUCAGGAAAAUAGGACUGACUUCAUCAGUGUUUAGAGGCUAAGAAAAGUGGCAGAUAUGGAUAGUGAUUCUAGGCAUCUUCUCAUCCCUGAGGUAGAUCAUGAAAUAAUAAAUCCUGGACCUAUGAAUAUCCAGUUUGAUUCAUCAGAUCUAAGAUCCAAAAGGCCUUUCUAUAUAGAGCCCACAAACAUCGUCAGUGUGAAUGAUGUCAUUCAGAGGGUUAGCGACCAUGCCUCUGCCAUGAACAAGAGGAUUCAUUACUACAGCCGGCUCACCGCUCCUGCAGACAAGGCACUGAUUGCCCCAGAUCAUGUAGUUCCAGCUCCAGAAGAGUGCUAUGUAUAUAGUCCAUUGGGUUCUGCUUAUAAACUUCAAAGUUACACUGGAGGAUAUGGCAAAAACACCAGUUUAGUAACCAUUUUCAUGAUUUGGAAUACCAUGAUGGGAACAUCUAUAUUAAGUAUUCCUUGGGGCAUGAAACAGGCUGGCUUUACUACUGGAAUAUGUGUCAUCAUGCUGAUGGGCAUUUUAACACUUUAUUGCUGCUACAGAGUAGUGAAAUCACGAGCUAUGAUAUCGUCAGUAGAUACCACUACCUGGGAAUAUCCAGAUGUCUGCAGAUACUAUUUUGGCUCCUUUGGACAGUGGUCAAGUCUCCUUUUCUCCUUGGUAUCUCUCAUUGGAGCAAUGAUAGUUUAUUGGGUGCUUAUGUCUAAUUUUCUUUUUAAUACUGGAAGGUUUAUAUUUAAUUUUAUUCAUCACAUUAAUGACACGGAUGCUGUACUGAGUACCAAUGAUAGCAACCCUGUGAUUUGUCCAAGUGCUGGCAGUGGUGACCAUCCUGACAAUAGCUCUAUGAUUUUCUAUGCCAAUGACACGGGACUCCAGCAGUUUGAAAAAUGGUGGAAUAAGUCUAAGACAGUGCCCUUUUACCUCAUAGGGCUCCUCCUGCCACUGCUCAAUUUCAAAUCUCCUUCAUUUUUUUCAAAAUUUAAUAUCCUAGGCACAGUGUCCGUUCUCUAUUUGAUUUUCCUUGUCACCUUUAAGGCCAUACGCUUGGGAUUUCAUUUGGAAUUUCACUGGUUUAUGCAAACCGAGUAUUUUGUACCAGGCCAGAUCUCUCCGCUGAGAUCCAUCCUUAUAUAUCUACCUGCCCCUUCUACAACUCCACUUGGACAUCCACUAGAGAUAAGAUUUCAGUUUCCACAGCUGACUGGAGUGCUUACCCUUGCUUUCUUUAUUCACAAUUGUAUUAUUACACUCUUGAAGAACAACAAGAACCAAGAAAACAAUGUGAGGGACUUGUCCAUUGCUUAUAUGCUGGUGACAUUAACUUACCUCUAUAUUGGAGUCCUGGUUUUUGCUUCAUUUCCUUCACCGCCAUUAACCAAGGAUUGCAUAGAGCAGAAUUUUUUAGACAACUUCCCUAGCAGUGACAUCCUAUCCUUCAUUGCAAGGAUCUUCCUGCUGUUCCAGAUGAUGACUGUAUACCCACUCCUAGGCUAUUUGGCUCGUGUUCAACUAUUGGGCCAUGUCUUCGGUGACAUUUAUCCUAGCAUUUUCCACGUGCUGAUUCUUAAUCUAAUUAUUGUGGGAGCUGGAGUGAUCAUGGCCUGUUUCUACCCAAACAUAGGAGGAAUCAUAAGGUAUUCAGGAGCAGCAUGCGGCCUGGCCUUUGUAUUCAUAUAUCCAUCUCUCAUCUACAUAAUUUCCCUCCACCAAGAAGACCGUCUGACAUGGCCGAAGUUAAUCUUUCACAUUUUCAUCAUCAUUUUGGGCCUGGCUAACUUGAUUGUUCAGUUUUUUAUGUGAAAUACUCCCCAAUGUCUUCUCAAGACCUUUCGUGGCGUUUUGAACUUUGACAACAGUUCCACAUAAAUUGACUUGUAAAUGCUGUUGUUGCUGUAAUUCUAAAUGUUUUCCUGGGACAAUUUGGUGGAAAAAAAAGGGGGAGGGGGAAAUAGUGGUCCAUGAAUAAGUAAUUUUGAUUAGAGUGGAGAGAAAGGGGCAAGAAGAAUGAUCUUUGUUUCUCUUCAUAUUCACCACCCCUUCAUUUUCAUUGUCUUUUCUGAGUAGAAGUGUCUGCCCUUAGGAAAAGUCGUGCUGGUUUUUGCUUUAUACAGAUAUAAGGUGGGUGGGUCUAUUUUGACUACAGUAAAGAUUCUCAGGGUAUCACAGCAGCUAUUGCCAGAUGCUAUUUCUUUUUUAUAUUUCAAUGUAUUCACUUUCAUUUUAUUACUUGCUAGACCAUUUCUGCAGUUUAUCCAAACAGGUACUGUUUGGGACAGUAAACCAAAUACCUCAUUUGUAAAAAGAAAUCUCCAUGGCAUCAGUGUUAAUAGAGUGAACUCUUAACUGCAUCCUUAGUCUCUAUUUAAAAGAGAGAGAGAAAGAAUGUCAGUACAGGCUCUUUGGUCAUGAAACUUACACAAAAUAAACGAACUAGGAGAGUUUUUUGCGUCUGACUUAGGUCAAAAUUCUAGCUCCCUCAGCCAAAUUUUGCAUAGGAACCAGUAUGAUUGUCCCCGUUGACCCAAAAGGGCUUUUUUGCUUUUUGAAUCCCUGAGCAUUGCACAGGAUGUCAUGACAGGACCAGUGGGGAAGCAUGUAGGAAGCAUGGCAGAGAAUGUUGGGUACAUGAGUCUCUACAGGGGAGAAAGGAAAUGGAAAAGGGGCCAGAAGAGUGAGGCCUCCUUCCCAGCAUGUUGUGAGGGGUUGAAGUGUCUCUUUACCACAGGAAAGGACUAAUCUUUUUUGAGGUAAGACUUCCAAGGAGGGGACAUCCCCCCCACCUUACUUUUUAUCUGGAAUGGUAGAGGUUAAAUCCCCAUAAGAAAAUCUCUUUGGAUCUGAGAAAAGGAUUAGGGAAUCCGAAUUCUUGAAAUUAACUCUCUCCUCUUUUUCACUGAAACUUAAAUCUAAACCAGAAUUCAAAUCCGUAUCUUCCAUGUAAUGCAUCCUUCAUGUUCAGCUUGAAAGGUUAGAUUUCUCUAAUUUUAGGCUAACGUUAAAAAGUGUAUUUUGUUAAUACACAUCCCACAUCCCAGGAUAAUGUGUAGAUUUAUGUUACUUCUUUUGAAAAAGACAGGCAAAAUGGUUUUUGAAAGACAGGUGAAAUGGUCUUUUUUAAGCCUAGUAAAGAGCCCAGGAUUUGAGACCAGCCAUAAUUUCUUUCAGGAAAGCUUUCUGUCCAUUCCAUAGACAGGUAUAUGGAAAAAUCAUGGUAUUUCUAAAAAUAGGCAUUUCUUAAAGUUCUCUUUGUAAAAGUCUCAUGAAAAUUUGAAAGCAUACACAAAAGUAGAGAAAAUAAUAGGAUAACCCUCCCACUUCCCCAUCCCCUAUAUUUAGUAAUUUUAAAACUUAUGCUGUAUUUGCUUCAUCUAUCCUUUUUUUCCUUUUCCACUUAAUAUUUUAAAGCCAAUCUUAGGCAUUAUGUUACUUCAUCUUCACAAUAAUUGGAGCCAUUUUCAAAAGUUUUUGUCAGCAAAAACUGCUGGUAGAAGUCAGGUUGAUUAGAAGAUUCUGUAUUAAGUAUCUGUAUCCCUAUGUUAACCUCUUAGAAUAGAGUAUAUGCAUGGAGGAAAUGUCUCUGUGCUUGUGAUCUGCUUCUUUGUGGCUUCAGUCUUGUUCAGUUAGAGACAUAGGAUUCAUAAAGUUACAUAGCUCCUUGAGACCCAUGUUUAAUCCCUAUUUAUCCCUAGUCUCCUCCCUCAUCUUUGAAAACUUCAGAGACAGAAUUUUCAUUGCCUCUUUUCAGUAACAUACUUGAAUGUUUUAACACAUGGAAAAUGACCUGGUAUAUUUUUGUCCAUGUAAUGAUCAAAGUGAAUAUGACAAUGAAUGCAUUAUUUACUAAAUUAAAAAGCAAUGUGGAUAUUUGGUUUUUAUUUUCUUUAAAAGUCUUGAUAAUUUAGAACUUCCAAAAUCCUACAUUAGGCUUAUGCUGAAUAAUUUUGCCUUCUUAAGUUUCUUUUCAUGAAACUGAUACUUUUGGCUUGUUAUUUAGGUUGGCCAGAUGCUCUUCAUGUCAGUGUGUAUGUCCUGGCUCACACAUUGGAAUGAUGAGAUAUGAAUUCAUUUGGAUCACAUUAUAAUUAAUUGUAGACUUUCUCUACUGUCUUUUUGAAUUUUCUAAUUAAAUUUAUUUUACUUUUUGCUCUGAUGUGGUUAACCUCAGCUUCUUUGAGUUUAGUUUAUUUAACACACAACUGAGGACAUUAUAAAAUUUAAAAUGGCUUGUUCGGAGAAGUGUUUUUAGAAAGAUUCUGGAUGAAAAUAUGGUAUGCUCACACUAGGCCAAAAAGAACAGAGAAAUGUCCUCCGACAUUUGAUACCUGUGGAUAAUCAUCCAGAAUCAGUUUUGUCAUCACAUCCAAAAAAUGUAUUAAAGAAUAAAUUAACCCACAAAAAGGGACUGUGUUAAAGGGAAAUACUCAUUUAUGUUUUACAAUCUCUAUUUUGACAUUUGUUUCCAUAAAUAGUUGAGUAAACUACCAUGUUCAGUGCUUAGAUGUGUAAGAUUUCAUUCAUAUUCUAAAAGAACUUAAUCUAGUAAAGAACUAUGGAUGUAGUUAACUAUAAUGCAAGGGACCAUUUAGAGAAAACGAAACCCCUUCCAGUUGGGAUCCUUAGAGGGGUGCGGCAGCAAGGACCCAUUUUCAGGCACCUCCUAAGAACUGUCCAGAAUGUUAGAUAUUUGAUAGACUCACUGUCAUAUGGGAUCAUGUAAAGUAUAAUUGCUUUUAUUUUGGCAAUUAUAUGUUAUUAGAAGUAUCAUUAUAAAUAUUAUAAAUAAAUAUAUUUUUCUAAGAAAUUUUAUAAGAAGUAUUUAACUGCUUCUGGAU